GGAAAUUCAGAACUAGAUUUUUGGCGACUCAGGGGGAUGAGGGGGUGGUUUAUGUAUCGGAAACUAUGUUGUUUAAUGUUGGAAAUGCGCUGCGCUGUGAGGACGGUUCGACAUAUUUUAUAUUACCCGCAGGUGGCGAGCCCCAACAAUUCGCCAACGAGGUGAAAAUAUCCAUGAUAUCAAAUCCUUACGAUUGCCCUAGUGACUUGAUCGACACUGUCUUGAAGAAUUAUUUCUCCAAUCCGAAAUAUCUCCGCAAAAAUGAUGUGAUCACCGUUGACGUCAAGGAAUGCAGUCCAGGGCUUUACUACAGUCUCCCAUCCCCUCAACUGAGACUGCUGCACUUCAGAGUGACUUCCAUAGCAAUCGACGGGAACAAAACAUUGGAACCUGCUUAUGUUUGCCAAACAGAGUCGACAUUGAUUCAAGAAGGAGAAAUUCACCAGUAUCUUCCUCGGAAUUUCAAAUUGUCGGUGCAGGGCCUCAAAAAUCCAACCAUUGAGGGGGAAUUUCAGAGGGGAUCUCUUGACAAUUGCCCAGGAUUUCUGAAAAAAUAUCUGCGAGAAUUGGAGUCGUGUAUUUUGCCGUUUAUAACAUCAGACAAUUGGCUAGGAUUGAAGCCAGUCUUCCUCGUAGAGGGGCCCCAGGGCUGUGGGAAAUACCACCUCAUUAACGCUCUGUCCAAGCGACUCGGCCUGAACUUCUUAAACGUCGAUUGCAGCGAAAUUCGAACCCUCUCCCCCUCUCAAACCGAAGCAAAACUCCGGAUCACCUUUACCAACGCCGAAAAAUGCGUUCCCUGUAUCCUAAAACUCUCCAGCAUUCAAAUCCUGGGGAAAAACCCCGAGGGGAAAAUCGACGAUCGAGUCACUUCGAAUUUCUCCCACCAGCUCGCAGAGCAAUAUUCAAACAAAUCCCCUCACCCUCUCAUCAUCAUAGCCACCUCUGAAUCCACCGAACUUCCCUCAGAACUCAACCGAAAUUUCAUCGAAAAAAUCAAAAUAGACUGUUUAACCCAGGAUGAGCGCACCAACUUGAUAAACUGGUUCCUAAAAACUCAGAGGAUCGAGCACUCGAGCGUCGACAUCUCGAAAAUCUCAGCGAUGUGUUCAGACUUCCUCAUGAGCGACUUGCAAUCGUUGACUCAAACAGCAGUGAAAAAUCGCUACAAGCAGUCAAGAGCCCCAAUAAUCAGUCUGAAGGAAGAGGACUUCACCCAGUCGUACAAAUCGAUGCAGUCGAUCUUCUCGGACGAAAUCGGAGCCCCCAGAGUCCCCGAGGUCCACUGGGAGGACAUCGGUGGCCUCGCGAGUCUCAAGCACGAGAUCAUUCGGAGGAUCGAAGUUCCAUUGAUGCAAAAUUCUGGAAUUGAGAGCUCUGGGAUUCUCCUUUAUGGGCCACCGGGGACCGGAAAGACUCUUCUGGCGAAAGCUGUUGCUACAGAAUGCAAGCUCAACUUCCUGUCUGUGAAAGGACCGGAAUUACUGAAUAUGUACGUUGGACAGAGUGAGAAGAACGUCAGGGAUGUCUUCGAGAAGGCGAAAAGUGCGUCGCCGUGCAUUAUUUUCUUCGACGAACUGGACGCACUGGCGCCGAAUCGAGGCCGCAGUGGAGAUAGUGCGGGGGUGAUGGACCGAGUUGUCUCCCAAUUGCUUGCGGAGAUGGAUGGGCUUGGGAGUUGCAGCAGGACCUUCAUCGUUGGUGCCACCAACAGGCCAGAUCUCGUUGAUUCUGCUCUGCUGAGGCCUGGGAGGUUCGAUAAAUUACUGUACGUGGGCAUUUGUUCGGAUCGGGAGUCACAGUUGAGUGUCCUGAAGGCGAUUACGAGGAGGUUCUCGUUGGGAGGAGAUAACGCACUUGAGGAAAUUGUUGAGCAGCUGCCGGAGAACUUGACGGGGGCUGAUCUCCAGGCGGUUUGCUCAAAUGCCUGGCUGAAUGCAGCGAAGAGAGUCAUCAGGAAUUAUGAGAGUGAUUUGGAAAAGGGCAGAGGUGGGGGCGGACAAAAACCCGAGGGGGGCGUCGAGGUCCUCCAGGAGGACUUUGUUGAUGCACUUCGGGGUUUGGUGCCUUCGGUGAGUCAGGGGGAACUUCGGAGGUACGAGAAACUUCGGGGGGAGUUGACGUCGAAAAGGAGGUAGAGGAAGAUUUUCGGUUUCCGCGGACAGGCGACAAAUUCAGGCGGGUGAGGCUCUCUGAAUUUUUAAGGAUGUAUACACCCUUUUCGUCAAAUUCACGUUUGUUGAAUUUUUGGGGUAGAUUGGGGAGCGGAUUGACGUGGAAAAAUAUAGUUUUUGCGUUUUGUCGUUAAUUAUUGACUCACGAAAUUUCAUGACCGUGCAGUUAUUUUCCUGCAUUUAUCAUUUUCCUAUCAAUAUUCCUAUUUUCGUUUUUUUAUCAUUUUGACGUUCAAAAAAUUCGAUUCAGUCGCGUAGUUUUUGAGAUUUCGAGGCAAAAAGAUUUCGAGGAAUUGCUGUAUCUCGAAAAUAGUGUGACCGAUUGGGCUGAUUUUUCGCCCAGAUGGGCUCCCAAUCAAUGCCAAUUAUUCCACAAAAUUUCAGAUUUUUAGCUCGAAUUUCACGAUUUUUUUUGGGAAGAUUUAUAAAUAUCUAUAUCUUGUAGAGAGGUAUUACGUUAUAGUCAUCCAAUAGAAUUAGUUGUUUAUAGUUUUAUAUAUUAUUAAUCAAAAGUGAACAAUAAAUUUUUUUAAAAAUAAUUCGUUGCU